CACUCCACUGUACGGCACGGCGCCUGCGCCUGCGCCCUGGACGUCGUCAGCUGGAGGCCGUUCGAUCCGGCGGCCGGAAGUUGCGGCAAGCCCCGAGUCGGUGCAGUUGCCGUGGAGCGGCGGCUGCGGCCUGCGGACAGCAUGUUACCCCUCUCCAUAAAGGACGAUGAGUACAAGCCGCCGCGGUUCAAUCUGCUGCGCAAGGUGUCGGGUUGGUUCAGGUCCAUCUUGUCGGACUCCACAUCGCGGAACCUCUUCUUCUUCCUCCUGCUCAACCUCUCCUUCGCCUUCGUAGAGCUGCUGUAUGGGAUCUGGAGCAACAGUUUAGGUCUCAUUUCUGACUCAUUCCAUAUGUUCUUUGACUGUACUGCCCUACUGGCUGGACUGGCGGCAUCCGUGAUUUCCAGAUGGAGAUCAAAUGAUACCUUUUCCUACGGAUACGUCCGAGCAGAAGUUCUGGCUGGAUUUGUGAAUGGAUUGUUUCUGAUCUUCACAGCUUUCUUCAUUUUUUCAGAAGGAAUAGAGAGAGCUUUGGAACCUCCUGAAGUGCAUCAUGAGCGGUUGCUGUCUGUAUCUGUGCUUGGGUUUCUGGUGAAUUUGGUUGGCAUUUUUGUAUUUAAACAUGGUGGCCAUGGACAUUCGCAUGAUGGUGGUCAUGGCCACAGUCAUUCACUCUUCAAUGGAGGAAUUCCUGGGCUGAAUCAUGGACAUAGUCAUGGUGGACACGGGCACAGCCACAAUUAUGAACAUCCAUCUGUACAUUCCCAUGGGCAUGGUCAUUCCCAUGGGCAUGGGCAUUCCCACGCUCAGGAACACUGCCAUGAAGACCAUCAGUGUGAUACACUUCAAGCAAAAGGAUCCAAUAAGCAGAUUUUAGAAGGAGUCUUUCUGCAUAUUGUAGCAGACACUCUUGGCAGUAUAGGUGUCAUAAUAUCUGCCCUUCUGAUGCAGAACUAUGGCCUUAUGAUAGCAGAUCCUAUCUGCUCCAUGUUGAUUUCAUUCCUUAUAGGAAUAAGCGUUGUUCCACUUUUAAAGCAAUCCAUUGGGAUUUUAAUGCAGCGCACACCACCUUCAUUGGAUCACAUACUGCCCCAGUGCUACCAGCGGGUUCAACACUUGCAAGGAGUUUACAGUAUAAUUGAUCCCCACUUCUGGACCUUGUGUAGUGAAGUUUACAUUGGAACAAUAAAGCUUCUGGUAGCUCCUGAUGCAGAUGCACGAUGGAUUUUGAGCCAAACACAUAACGUUUUUACUCAGGCAGGCGUAAGGCAGCUUUACGUCCAGAUUGAUUUUGCAGCAAUGUAAAGAUGCCUAAGUCACAUUGGUCUGAACUUCUGGUGCUGGGAUCUGGGAAUAGAUUUAACUGCUGGUUGGUCACUGGAUUUGAAACACCACCAGCAUGCAAUGAACUUGAAUGUGGACAGAACACUAUUUACUUGCAUCAUUAGAAGGUCUCGAGUCAAGGAACAGUGAAAUAAUUUACAUGGUCAGCACCUGCUAGAUCUGGAACAAUCUUUUUGUGUCUAGACCUAAAGUGUCUUAUUUCAUCUUGACUGUUAAGGAAUUAAAACUGAGUUGGUGUUCUGUUGUACAAUGAGCAAUGUUGUGUUAUUAUCCUGCAUCCAUUUUAACAGAUGUGUUCCCACAGUUCAAGUCUAUUCCUGUUCAUUUAAAUAUUGUCAUCCUGGCUAUCAUUCUGCAUUCUCCAGUUUUAUUUUAUUAGUUGUAUGCUCACAUAUGUUGAAUGAUAUGAACCAUAUUCAGUUUCUGAAGUGCCUUUUUACGGUGACCAAGAACUAAUAUUUGAAAGACAGGAAGUGGAUACUGGACCCAUCAGAGCAAGUUUUGUAAUCAUUGGCCAGUCGUGCACAUCAUGGUAAUUGGCAUGGUUCUUCUGGAUUUUUUAAUAGAUUUUUUUAGGGAGGGGCAGGAGGUUAGGGAACUGACCCUUUUUGUUGUAGCACACUCGUAUACAGUUCAAUCAUUUAUUCUUAAAUGGUCCUUUUGACAUGUUCAUUACAUUGUGCUGAAAUAUAAAGAAAUUCCAUCCACAACGGGGGAACUUUGCACAGAGGUGAUUACUUGAGGUCACCCUGGAAUGGACUGGGUGAAAUCGAACAGUCCAACAGACAAUCCAUACUGAAGAAAAAUAGCCAGACAUAAGAAAAGAGAAUAUUUGUAAAUUGUUAACAGUGAUUUCUUUAAAAGGAAUUAUACAUUAUCCUGACUCGCCUUUUGACACUGGUUGUUUGUAUCUGUUCUGAUAGGUGAAAUCAAAUUUAAACCCUUAUUUUAAAUGCUCAAAAUGAACAAUAUUAAUUGCUUUUAAAAAUGCAAAGUACUGUGGAUGCUGGAAAUCUGAAAUAUUCAAAGAAAAUUCUGGAAAUGCUCAUCAUAUAAGGCAGUAUCAGUGGAGAGAGAAACAUAGUUGAUAUUUACACCAAUGAACUUUUGUCAGACUCGGUUAAAAACUAGUGCCAGACAUGCUGUAUAUUUCUAAGUCUUUCUCUCUACUAUUUCUAAAUUGCUUACACCAUGAAAAACAAUCAGUUUAUAAAUAUAAAAGGGAAAUAAUCCCAGCAGAUUAAAACAUGGUUUUGGUAGUUUAUCAGAAGGAAUAGGUCUGUUAUGAAUUUGAUUAGUUUCGUGAUUUUUAUUUUCCAUUGAUGCUUGUGCUGGUCCAGUUAAAUGAGUGUUAGACAUCCGUUUAACUUUUUUCACAUCAAAGUAGUGACUCAAUAAUUUGAAUUUUUGUCAUUAAAUUGUUUGGAAGUAAAAUAUAAUUCAGAUUGAACUCCUUGCUGAGUUUAUUAAGUCGCAAUGUAAUGAGGUUUAACAAAUAAUCAAUGCCCUGUGGCAAAUUAGGACGAAUUGGUCAGAAUCAUUUUGCCCAUGUGUCAGUGGCAAGAAGGAAAUCAGAUUCUUCCAGUGCCUGUGAUUGGGGUUGGAAAAAGCAAAAGACAACAGUGUGGUUUUAGAAAUAAGUGUCAAAUUUUAUUUUGUUUUUAGCUAUUUCAACAAUAAACAAAAUCUACUUUUGUAAAUUAUUGGAGUUCAUCCAGCAAUUAAGUUGUUUGCUGGUUAAAUGAGCUGCAUAAGGAAUAUAACACAGUAUCUUGCAGUGGGUGCCAAACUGCAUUAUCCAAAGCAAAUGUUGAUAGCUUGGAAACCUUAGUAUGAUGUGUUUGCACACUCACAAGCUGUAAUCAGACGCUGUCUGUGAAGGAUAAAAUGAAGGUACUGCUUAGGCUUUCCCUUUUCCUACUCUGUUUGUUUUGCUCAAUUCACAUGCUACAAAAAGGUGUUAAAUUUACAGCAUUGUGGACAAAAUGUGUGAAUAACUCUGAGCAGGGCAAGUUUAUCUGAUAAAACGACAGUAAAUACAUUUGUGUCAAAGCAGAAGUAUUUAUUGUGUUUGUAAAGAAUUAUUACUCUUCACUUUAAAUGGAAUAGUCACUCUAUUUGCUGUAAUAUGCAUUGUUGCUGCUUCUGGGAACAUUUUCAACAUUAAAUCAAAGGGUUCCUUGUUCUGUAUCAAGCCUUUGCAUCUACCCAGGAAUUAAUUGAGCAUAUGAGGAGAGAAAAGGAGUAGCAUUACUUUAAGUAUGCUUAUCAGAAUGUAGAGGUCUUUCCUGUUCAAAGCCGUUAAACUGAAACUUCUGAGAUCCCACAUGUGAGUCUUGAGCUCCUUAGUAGUUAUUCUAGCCGAUAUAAAUAUCAUUCUAGAUAAAUCUCGAGGAGAUUCUUUAAAAAAAGAGAUUGACUGCAGUAUUUUUAAUAUUUUAAAACAAUUGUAAACAUCACCAAAGCAAUUUGAAGUAUGUACUACUCUGAUAAAACGUCUCUAUAGUAAAUUCUCAUCAAACAACUUGUCUGAAUUGCAGAAAUAUGCAUAAUAAAUAUUUUGACAACUACA